AUGGCCCGUGUCAUAAGGAGGGCGGCCUCGGCCUCGGCCAGGCAUGCCCCUGGCCGGGUUAUUCAAAGGAGGGCGAAAAGACACAAAGUUAUCAUGGAAUCUGUAACCCAAGAAAAGAAAAAGCUUCGGAGUGUUAUCUGUUUUGAAGCGCAAGCACCAAGCGGCUAUACCUUCAUUCCUGCAGGGAAUCCGCAACUCACUACGACAUGUAAGGAGCGGUGCCGAGAUGAGGGUCUCCAAAUUCAUGCAGUAUCGACUACCCCACACCAUCGCCAUCAUAACCUGUCCCAACAUGUUCAUCGGAUAGGAUAUCAUUUCCCUAGUACCGUGGUGGCAGCUGUUUGCUCAGAGUUAGGGCUCUACCUCACAAGCACUGGUAAAACAGUGCCCAGUACCUUUCCCACAAAUAUGAUAGAGAAUCCUGAGCGGGCUGAUUCUGAAGUUUCUCAAAUAACUCUCAACACAGAAGCACGGGAUGCGUUGAAGGAUCUCUUUCCGAACAUACCGGACAAAGAUUUGAAUCAAAUUAUCAAGACUGCUUUUCAAAAGGGUCAGAAAAAAGUUGGGACAGCCACGGAAUUGCCUUUGGCUCGUAGAGCUCAACUUGCUGUUGUUGCCCACGUUCGCCAUGUCUACACUGACUACGAUCGCCUCCUGAAAACCACUUCAUUCCAUGAAGCAAGAGGUGUCGUCGAACACACAACUCUAGCAAAAGUCAUUGAGUGGCGAGGGGACGAUGAAAAUGGCCAGACAGCCCUGGAAGAUGUUUUCCGUGAGGUGAUCGUGAUCUCGGACGAUGAAGACAGUGAAUCGGAAGAAGAAGUGGCUUCACCAGGCCAACGGAACACCAGUGUGGAAAUACUUCCAAGUGAUACUCGGGCCCAUGAGAUUCAAUGCCAACCUAUCAACAACACGAACCCACUAGGCCAGGAUCUUCCACGGGAACUAUCUGAGGAAGCACCCCCUGGGUUCCGGUUUGUUACAAGAGCGCCCCCAGCCACUGAGACCAUCAACCGUCGAGGAUUUAACAGAUACAAAGCGUGGACCCGUGCUAUCAAGGAAUAUAGAGAGGGUGUGCAGGGCACUGAACAAGCCAGGUUUGCUGGCGCCCCAGCCGAAAAGCAAAGCCCACGAUAUGCCGAGCAGCGCAUCACUGCUCAAGAAGUAUCCGCUGCUAAGCGCCAGGAUAUAGUUCCCCAGCACGCCGAAGCUCACCGGCGAGUCCCUCCAAGCUCAGCCAGUAUUGACAACCAAGCACAUCGAGCGCUCGCUAUUCCACUAAUGGACCGACAGGUGGCCAAGAGACAUGUAGGUGUCCUGGAGGACUAUCUUCACCCGGACGCUCAGCAAAGAUACUCAACACAUGAACUGAACGCCAGGCCAACUGGACUAACUAAUCAGGAAUCACCCGAAUUGCAAAUUCUAGAAGAACUCUCCGGACCUAGAAACGUGAACCUGACCCACUCGCAGGAUGUUCCUUCCUCGAGGAUGGAGCCCAGAUUUCGACAAGAAAGACUGCCUCCUCAGUCGGAUAGGACCAACGCACCUGUGUUUGUGAGCGGACCAAAGGAAAAUCGUCCAAAAUUGACCCCAGUGGGACGCCGUCCUGACUCUGUCACUUCCCCUCUUAUCAGACCAGGUUCAAACACACAGGACUCUAUCUUGCCAUCUAUUGAAAAUUCCCGGCCACCAGAAAGUCGGCGGACUGACGGUUCCCAUCCUUUGGUACAUAUGACAAACAAGAUGUCCCUCCGAUCAGUCACGCCAGGGCGUCCUCAAGGAGAGAUGAUGCAUCACCCCGAUGUCAUCGAAAAGGAAGGUGACAGCGAACACGCGAGCAAAAGAAGACGUCUGGCAUGUCAUGAAGGUUCUCGAACCGAGUCCCGCCCAGAUCCGUGGAAUGCAAGGCCUAUGGGACUUCCCGUUUCUGAAGGAUUCGGCGCACACUCUUACCGUCGUGUUGAGCUUGUUCCAAACCACCGACCACAGGACCAGCCUUAUUUCCGUCGGGACUAUCUGCCAGUGGAACAACCCCAUGUUGUAGGACACCAGCGGGAAAGAAACCCGAACUUGCUUUCUUAUUCCAACACACAACAUGGCCUAGAAACAAGGUCAGUCUUGGAUCGACAGCAUAUCAGCGGACCACAUGAGCCUCAGUUCCAGACCGGGCUUGCCAGUACCAGUAUCCUUGUCUCGGAAGGUGAUCGCACCUUCAGAGCGGCUCCAGCCGUUUCUAAUUUUGGACUGUGGCAUCCUUAUCAUGUUGAUCGUAGUUUCCGUUCGGAUCGUAUUCCGAACGAUCCGUGGGCCAUUCGGCGCACCCGCCCUUUACCAGAGAACGUCCACCCAGAUAGGAACCUGUAUGCCGAGGACUUCGUCCGGCAUGUUGACCACCGUGAGCCCCCUCCAUUUGAAUACGUCGCCAGGCGGGCAGAACCCGAGACCAAGUCCAUCGCAGACCCCUCUCCGUCUACCCGGACUAGAGACCUUGAGUACCUUGGCACAAAGAAUCUGUCUCAGACUCAGGUUUCAUCGGAUCAACGUGGCCCAUUGCCUAUAGGAUCGCGAGUGGCUCCUUCCCAUGACCACGUUCGCACCUUUUCAGACCCUGCCAUAGGAAAGAUCCAGCCUCACGUGUCCCCCCCUCAGGUCCCUCGUGAAAGACCAGCUAGUGGCGGGUUCAACUCCUUGCGACCAUCCUACUAUCCUCCCUCAUCCCACACUACCGAGCAAGACCGUCCAGUCUACGUUCAAAGAGUUGAACCACGACCCCCAUACUAUCCCAUUCCUGACCCGUUGUCCUUGUCGAUUAAUUAA